AUUUUCUUCUUUCCUCCCUUGUGUCUUCCGUCAACUCCUCUGUCUGUUUUCUUUCAUUUAUAGCCAUCAUUCCAACACAAAAAUUCACUUCAAAACCAUAAUAGCAAAAAAAAAACAAAACAUGUGUUGUUGUGGCGGUGGAGAUGAGGAUGACUGCAGAUGCAGACCAUUAGGGUUUUUGUUGGGUCUUCCUUUUGCCUUUGUCGCUCUUAUUCUCUCCGUCAUCGGUGUCAUUAUUUGGAUCGUCGGGUUGACAUUGAGCUGUUUAUGUCCGUGUUGUUUUUGUGUAACGGUGAUAAUAGAGUUGGCGUUAGCAUUGAUAAAGGCUCCUUUCUCCGUUAUGAAGUGGUUUACGGAGCAGAUUCCUUGUUAAUUACGAGUACAUAUUUUUUUUUUUCGCUUUUCUUUUCUAUUCAAAUUCUAAUGUGCACGGACAUUAUAAUAUUUGGACAUGUUUACCAUAUUAAUACUGUAUAUCGUAUAUUAAAUUCGGUUAUACUAAAAGUUAUACAUCCUUUUGUCUUAUUUA